GGCGCAGACAAAGGCGCGGGAGGCGCGGAGGGCGCGGGCCGGGGAUCUAGGGAACGAGCGGGGCGCCCGGCUACGCCGAGUCAGCGCCGCGGGUCUGCACCCGACUCGCGCCCGGACACUCACAGGGCGCCGACCUGGCAGGGUGAGCCCGGCCGGCCGAGCCUGAGCUGGGAGCUCGGGGGCCUCCAAGUCCCAGGGCCAAGGGAGGGCGCGGAGUCCCGACGUAGGGCCUGGGGGCGGCGCAAGGGUCCCCCAAAUUCUAGGGCUGAGGGUAGCGCUGGGGGCUCCAAGUACUGGAGUCGGGGUUGGGGCGGGGACUGCUCCGGAGGUUCCCAAAGUUCUGGACCCGGCGUUGGAGGAGGCUGCGAAGGGGUUACGGAGGUUGCGGACCUGGGGUGGUGAGUGGCGUGGGAGGGGUCGCGAAGUUCCGGACGAGGCACUGGAGGGGUGGCAGUGGGGUUCUUGAAGUUUAGUAAUUGGGUACAACGGAGCUCCCUAGAAUUCUGGACCUAGGGUGAGAGGCCGCAGCGCAGAAGGGGGGAUCCCUGAAGUUACAGACCUGGGGUGGAGGAGACAGAGGAGGUGUCCCGGAAGUUCUGGACCCAGAGUCGGGGGCGUCGCGGGGAUCUCGGAAGUUCCAGGGUCGGGCGCGCGUCCGAAGUUGGGGUGAGCACUGGUGUCUUCUUGAUGUGGGUGAGGACUGCAUCCUGAAUGAGUAUCAGACCCUCCCGAACUGGGGGCCUAACGGGAUGGGAUCUCAUCCACCCGCCUGAUUGGGGAUCCCUGGCACCGGGUGGUGUCGGAUCCCCCCCUCCGGGAACCCCGCGUCCCGCGUCCGAGGCGCAUGACUAGUUGGUCGCCUGGAUGCAGAUUUGGGGAAGCAGGGGAGAGGACCCGGAAAUCCCCUCCUAGCAUCUUUCCUGGCUAACUGGGUUGGUGGCUAGAGGAGCCAACUGGGAGGUUGGGGAGCUCCACUCCCAGUCCUGGAUCCUGCUCUGCCCCUCCAUGAGGCCAAACCAGCAGCUCCUGCCACCCCUCUGGCUGCCCCUUAGAGCCCACCCAGCCCAGCUUGACAAAUGUCCACAGCCAGGGAGCAGCCUAUCUUCAGCACACGAGCACACGUGUUCCAAAUUGACCCAGCCACCAAGCGGAACUGGAUCCCAGCGGGCAAGCAUGCGCUCACUGUCUCCUAUUUCUACGAUGCCACCCGCAAUGUCUACCGCAUCAUCAGCAUUGGGGGUGCCAAGGCCAUCAUCAAUAGCACUGUCACCCCCAACAUGACCUUUACCAAAACCUCCCAGAAGUUUGGGCAGUGGGCUGACAGUCGUGCCAACACCGUCUACGGCCUUGGCUUUGCCUCUGAGCAGCAUUUGACACAGUUUGCUGAGAAAUUCCAGGAAGUGAAGGAAGCAGCUAGGCUGGCACGGGAGAAAUCUCAGGAUGGGGGAGAGCUCACCAGUCCUGCCCUGGGGCUUGCCUCCCACCAGGUGCCUCCAAGCCCCCUUGUCAGUGCCAACGGCCCCGGCGAAGAGAAACUGUUCCGCAGCCAGAGUGCAGACGUCCCCGGCCCCACAGAGAGAGAACGCCUCAAGAAGAUGCUGUCGGAAGGCUCCGUGGGAGAGGUACAGUGGGAGGCUGAGUUCUUCGCGCUGCAGGACAGCAACAAUAAGCUGGCGGGCGCGCUGCGGGAGGCCAACGCCGCCGCCGCUCAGUGGAGGCAGCAGCUGGAGGCCCAGCGCGCAGAGGCUGAGCGGCUGCGGCAGCGGGUGGCUGAACUGGAGGCUCAGGCAGUUGCAGAGGUCCCCCAGGGCAGCGAGAAGGAAGCACCCAGCCAGUCGUUGGAGCAGCUGGAGGUGCUAGUGCAGACCAAGGACCAGGAGAUUCAGACCCUGAGGAAUCAGACAGGUGGUCCCCGAGAUGCUCCAGACACCACUGAGCGUGAGGAGACGCAACAGAAGAUGCAGGACCUGGAGACCCGCAACGCGGAGCUGGAACACCAGUUGCGGGUGAUGGAGCGUAGCCUGGAGGAGGUGCGGGCUGAGCGGGAGCGGGCACGGGCUGAGGUGGGCAGAGCAGCGCAGCUGCUGGACGUCAGGCUUUUUGAGCUGAGCGAGCUUCGUGAGGGGUUGGCUCGACUGGCUGAAGCCACACCCUGAUUCCG